AUGUCAGAUUAAGAUGAAGAAUCACCAAGACAAGAUGAAUUUGGAUAAAGAAUAAUAAAAUUAAAAGAGUUAACUCCUCUUGAAAAAGAAUAUUUUGAAAAGGCUCGGAAACGUCAUAAAGAAAACAUUUAUAAAGAUUAAAUAGUAUAAGGUAGAAAAUUUGAGGGAGUGGCAUUUAUCUCAAAGCCAGGAGAGAUAAUAUUCAAAGUAAGAUGAAGACUUAUAUCAUAGGAUUUUGAUGUAGGUAAGCCACAUACAAUAAUAAUGUAACUUACUAAUGUUUCUUAUACAUUUAAUUCAUUUAAAAUACUUCCACUUCCUGAAGCUGUUAGAGUAAUAUAUAAAAUUUUGAAAUAAGGAUUUUUUUGAAUUGAUAUACACUCCUCCUGGCAGAGUUUCAGCAGGGAUGUCUUGUCCAAUAACAGUUAGAUUUACUCCAUAAUUAAAUGAUGAUAUAGAUGUCUAAUUAUAAUGUUAAGCUGAGACUGGACCUUUUUAAAUUCACAUUUUAUGCACUAGCUAAAAGGCUAUUGCAAAAGUUGAAUAACCUAUUAUUGAUUUUGGUAAAGUAAUUCUAGGUGAGGAUUCUACUCUCAUUCUUAAAAUUUAAAAUUUAGGAGCUCUCGAUACAGAUGUUUUAAUAAGAAGUGCAAAAGGAAUUGAUUUAUAAACUAUUGCUACUGAAUCUGUCUCCUAAAAAUCUAGUAGGGAUCGACCUUUUGAUGAAGAAGGCAUUUUACCUUUCUUAAAAUAACUUAAAUUCUAAAAAUAACAUGUUUUAUAAGGAUAUUCAAUGCUUAAAAUACCAAUUUAAUAUAUUCCUGCUGAAGUUGGUCCAUUCUCAUUGCCUCUUACUUUGUAUUAUGAAAAUUUCUUACAUUCUCCUCCAUGUUAAAUAGAAAUCAGGGGAUAUUGUACUGAAGUUCCUAUUUAUGUAGAAAAAUCAAUUUAUAAUUUUCAAAUCUGUUUAUUUAAUCAUAUUUACAGAGAAAAGAUUGUAUUUUUUAAUAGAAGUUAAAAUGCUAUGAAAAUUUAAAUUUAAACUCCAAAAGAAACUAAAGAUUUUUUUGAGUUUAAUCCAAAACUUGGAUAUAUUUAAGGAAAUUCUAAAUUUGAAAUUUGGGUAAAAUUUAAUGCAGAAAGAUAAUUAUAAACAAUAUGUCAAAGAUUUUUCAAAGAUAAUAUAAUAGAUGUUCCAUUCAAAUUAAUUGGAGCUGAUUAAAAAAUGCCUGUCCCUUUUAAUAUUGUUUCUUAAAUGACUAUGGCUACACUCUAGAUUACACCAGCAAGAUUAGAUUUUGGAAAACUAUAUGAUGGAUAAGGAGCAAAGAGAGCUAUCACAUUUGAAAAUAUAAGUGAUUUACCACAAGAAUUAGCUAUAUAUCCUUUACCUAAAGAAAUUUCAAUCACAACUGAUUUAGUACCUUUACGUUUACUUCCUAAAUAAAAAUUUACAACUGAUAUUACAUAUAGGACUCAAAAAGUUAUUGGAAUUAGUGAUAGACAAGAUGAAGGAAUCUUAAAAUGCAAAAUUGUUUCAGGUACAAUUUCAACAAAAGAAAUCAGAAUACCUUAUACUUGUGAAAUUUCUAAAUGUCCUUUAGAAUUUUCAGGACUCAAAUUUGACAUACCAGUUUAAUAAAUUGAUGAAAAAUAUUCAACCACUAUUGAUAUCAAAAAUAUAUCUUAAAGAGACAUUAUAAUUGAAUUUUUUUUACCCUUUUAUGAAUUAUGUGGUCUUAAAAUGGCUCCUAUGGUUUAAUAAAUCUAAAGAGAGUAAUUAAUGUAAGUGCAUCUAGAAUAUGAUUCUUUUUUCAAAAAAUUAGGAGCUUAUACACUAUAAGAAUUAAAAGAAAAAUAUGAAAAUGAUCCUAAUAAUAAUUUUGAAUUAAGAUUAAAAAUUAGGUAUGAAGAAGAGGAAAGAAAGAAAAGGGAAUAAGAAGAAUUGAAAAAAGAAGAAGAAAUGGCAGCUAAAGGUAAGGCUGCCAAAAAAGAAGUCAAAAAAGAUUAGAAAAAACCAGAAAAAUUAACAAAAGCUUAAUAAUAAUAGUUUGAAGAAGAAGAAAGAAGAUAAGCUGAAUUGGAAAAACUAAAAUAAGAAGAAGAACGAUUAAAAAGAGAAGAAUUUGAAAAGUAGUUUGAUAGUGCUAAGGAAUUAAGAAAUUUAGGAGGAACUCUUGUUGAAUUCAAUAAGCCUGAAGAUUUAAGUAAAAUAUUACCUUAUCCCAUAAGAUUAUUCAUAACAUUAUUUUUGGUUGAUUCCUUGCUAUUUUAAAUAUACUGAUAUGUCUGAUAAUGCUAAAUCUUUAAUAUAUUUAUAAAUUUCAACUGUGACUGUCUAAAAGAGUUUGCUUUUGAGUAAGACCAUUAUAGAUUUUGGAGAAGUUGCAGUUGGUAUAAGAUAAACAAAAGAACUUACUGUUUUUAAUUAAACUCCAUUUAAAGCAGAAUUGAAAAUGGAAAUGUUACCAAUCUCUUGUGGAUUUACUAUUUUAAAUGCUUUAAGAACAAUAGAAUCUAGUAAUAAGAAAUCUUUAAUUGUUUAAUUUUAACCAACAGAAGAUUAACCAUUUGAGGAGACAUUAAAAUUAUACUGUGAUCAUGCAGCGGUUUCUGCUAAAUUAAAAGGAAUAGGUGUUAGACCAGAAGUAAAGGUAGUACCUGAAAAUGGAUUAAUAUCUUUAGGAGGUGUAGUUCUAGGAGAAUAUGCAGAAAAAACAUUUAAAAUAACUAAUGUUUCAAAUUUUCCAAUUAAAUUUUAAUUAAUUAGUAAAGCUAGAGGUGUUUAAAAUUCUUGUGGAACUGAAGUCUUUUAAUUUAUACCUUAAGAGGCUAUUGUUAAUGCUUAAUAAGAAAUAACAUGUAAAGUGAUCUUUAAGCCUGAUCGAGUUUCAGAUAAAUUUUAUGAUCUUAUAUCAGUUCAUGUACCAAAUUAGAAAUCUGAGAAGAGAGUUUUUAUUUGGGGUUAUUGUUAUAAUCGUUAAGCUUUUGUAAAUAUUUAUCAGCCUUAUAAUUUAAUUCCUUAAAUAAAUGAAAUAAAUAAGAAAAUUGAAUUUCCUUUUGAUUAAUUGAAAUUAAAAGACGAGGAGAAGGUUUAUACAUAUCUAAAUAAUAAAAUUAUGCUUGAAUUUGAAAAAUUGAAAGAAGAAGAUAAUUCUAGAAAAAUAGUAAUUGGUAGUUGUAAACUUUUAGAUCAAAAAAUGGAGAAACCUGUAAAUUAUGAAGUAAUACUAUCGGUAAUAUAAAUUUAUGAUAAUUAAAUAGAAAGAUGAGAAAUAUUUUAUUUGUGAUAAUUAAAAAGGUUCAAUAUAAGCAGGUAAUGAGAUUGUAAUAACAUUUACAUUUAAGCCACCUUAACCAGAUUAAUUUAUUGCAUCAAUAGAAGCUUUGAAGAAGAUUGGAUAAUGGAAGGAGACAAAGAUUGAAUUAAAAAUAUCAGGUGGUUUCUUAAAAGCAGGAAUAUAAGAUAAUAUUAGCUACGAAUUAAUUCUAAAAGCAUUCAUUAACUAGAUUUGA